AUGCGCCAGCUGGGCCUGCUGCAGGCCAUGCUCGCGAUGCUGAAGCCCGUGACGGCGGGCGCGUCGUCGUCGUCGGGGGCGGGGAGCAGCAGCGGCGGGGGCGGGGGCGUGGGUAGCUCCAAGCACCCGCUGACGGACUACGAGAGCGUGAUGGUGGAGCUGACCAAGGUGGUGGCCAACCUGGCGGCCAACAACGGGAACCGGCAGGUGAUGGGCGAGAGCGGGGCCAUCCGGGACAUCCUGCGCCUGCUGCAGGACCUCCCCAACGAGGAGAUCCGGGAGAACCUGCUGCGCACCAUCAUGAACCUCUCCAUCGCUGCCGAAAACGAGGACCGCAUACGCGAGGAGGGCGGCCUCACCCUCCUCCUCGAGUUCCUCCAGGCCGACGACACCUCGCCCGCCCUCCUCCUCCAGACCGUGCGCGUCCUCGUCAAUCUCUCCUGCAACGCCACCAAGACGAGCGGACAAAAAGAGAAGGGGGGGGUUCCCAACACCGCACAGCUCAGCAGGCGCCCACCAAAGAACGAGAACCUGUCGACGGUGGCCAGGGGGCGCGUGAGAGCAAACGAGGCGUCCACGUCGGCGGCGUAG